AUGGUUCAAGGAAGUGCCGUUUACUGCACUCUUCUACUGAGUGAUCACUAUCUCCCAGGCGCCACCGUUCUUGCUCAUUCUCUCCGCGACAAUGGCUCCAAAGCUAAGCUGGUUGCUCUGUUCACCCCGGACAGCUUGCAGCCAGCAACAAUCCAGGAACUUCAGGCUGUCUAUGAUGAACUAAUCCCCGUGCACCCUCUGACAAACAUCACUCCAGCGAACCUCUGGCUCAUGGAUCGGCCGGACUUGAUUGCAACCUUCACAAAGAUCGAGCUCUGGCGUCAAACACAGUACAAGCGCAUAGUCUACAUUGAUUGUGAUGUGGUCGCACUCAGAGCGCCCGAUGAACUCCUAGAGUUGGACGUGGAUUUCGCAGCGGUUCCAGAUGUAGGCUGGCCGGAUUGCUUCAACAGCGGUGUUAUGGUGCUCCGUCCUAAUUUACAGGAUUAUCUUGCUCUUAGAGCAUUGGCAGAGCGAGGUAUCAGUUUCGAUGGCGCUGAUCAGGGUCUUUUGAACAUGCACUUUCGCGAUUGGCACAGACUGAGCUUUUCGUACAAUUGCACACCUAGUGCGAACUACCAGUAUAUCCCCGCCUACAAGCAUUUUCAAAGUACGAUCAGCAUGAUUCAUUUCAUUGGUGCUCAGAAACCCUGGAAUAUGGCGAGGCAGGUGGAACCAAUUCAAUCUCCCUACAAUCAGUUGCUGGGAAGAUGGUGGGCUGUCUACGAUAGGCACUAUCGUCCUGUUGUGACUACGAAUCCAAUCCAGCUACCUAAGCCUGUGCCUACAAUUCAGGUGGAAACCCCACAUCAGGAUUUCUAUGGGGGUCACCAGGAGGAUGUACAGCCGCCGCCGCCGCACAGAGAGUAUACGGAGUAUGUGUCUCAUGAGCAAGCUCAAGAAACACACUUCGAACCGUCGUCGCAAGCGCAAUACGAACACCCGCAAGAACAUCAACAGAUUUCUCACCAGGACUUCGCGCCGUUCCAGCCAGCUCAGCCACCAACUCAACCACCAGCAUCGGCACCAAGCUACCCUACACAAGUUGCGCACGAGGCUCCACAGGUGCAUCAAACGCAUGAGACUUACCAAGCACAUCCUCAACAGAGUGUGGCAGCACCAGCUCCUGAACCUACGCCUGUAGCAGGCUCAAGCAUACCCACCAAGCACGAGCAACGACAGGAACAGCGUGCGGUUGAGAGUGCACAAGCACCAAUCAUAAGUGCUGUUCCGCGGUAUGUUCGUGGGGAAGAGCAUGUCACGGCAUACAUACACCCUCAAUCAGGCGAGACAUCAUUUGUAGCCCAUAGCGAGCCGCAAUCGCGUGCACAUGAACCUAGCGUGCCAUCGCAUAUACAAACACCUCAGCCACAGUCACAAUAUUUCCAGCACGAAUACCAUCAGCAGCCUACAGAGCCAGCCAAUGUGUCUGAAGAGCAGCCACCUGCACCGCCAUCUCCGAAACCUGAAGUACAGACUACGUUUGAGCCGCCCAAGGCAGAAUGGGAUGCAUCCAAGGAACCUCCGCCACUGAACACGAAGCCAGAAGGUAUCGCUUUGGAGAAGAAGACCUACGCCAUGUCGCAGGAUGAGCAGCUCUUCCAGCCUCCAGAAUCCUAUCCGGAAGCACCAAAGAACAUGUACUAUGAAGUCCCAAGCACCAAGCCGGAGCCCGAAAAGCUUGCCCAGGUAUUUCCCUGGGAGACUCGUGCGCCUAGACCAACGCGUGUGUUCCCAGAAGACGACCAGAGCUCAACUACAUUUACCCUUCCAAGAUCAUUCGUUGAAAGCACGGAAGACGAGUCUGGCCCGUCACCUGAUUCUCGAGUGACAUCCUGGACAUCUGAAGAUCCAACUGAAUCCUGGGACUCUUACACGCGGUCUAAUGCUUGGGACGAAAUCCCGGAGAUCCAAAGAUACAUCCAAUCCAUACAACAAGCCCGCAAAGGCAAGGUGCAGGUGCUCACCGGCGGCCCAUCCAGCACAGGACAGAGCCUAGUAUCCGGCCAAGAAAGAUACACUUUCAGCUGGUCCAACAAUACACGGGUGACAGACUUUCCCAGCGAGCAAGAACGGCCUAGCCUCCCCGUAACCCCCGCACCUAUUCGCAGAAAGCCCCCUAUCCCAGGUGAAGAAGACUCCGACACAGGCCUACUUCCGCCCGCACACGGUGUGCCGAACCAGGAGGACUGGAACCCUACAGUCGGCCUCGAGGACCUUCGUCGACGUCAGUCCGAAGUGUUGGAAAAUCCAGAUUUGCUGUUUGAGCGGAUCUUGAUGCGCUCAUCGGCUGCUUCUGGUCAUGCUUGA